AUGAAGCUGAAGCGGCUGCUGCUGCGCUAUUACCCUCCGGGAAUUAUUCUGGAAUAUGUGCAAGAUGGUGAGACAAAGACCAGAUCUAUAGAUCUACUUGAUCUCAGACCUGACACAGAUGCCACAGCCUUAGUAGAAGAAAUACAAAAUGCAGAACCUCUCAUCACAGAUUCGUGCAAGGAACAUGUCAUACGUUUAGUACAAAGACUGCAAGAGAAGCUAGAGGAAAAAGAGGAUCACAAGUUCAAACUUUUUAAGGUACUUAGAGCCCAUACUUUGCCACUGACCAAUGUAGCAUUUAACAAAUCUGGUUCCCGCUUUAUCACUGGAAGUUAUGACAGGACCUGCAAAGUAUGGGACACUCUAUCAGGAGAAGAGCUGCAUACACUGGAGGGACAUGGAAAUGUUGUCUAUGCAAUAGCUUUCAAUAAUCCCUAUGGUGACAAGAUUGCCACUGGAUCUUUUGACAAAACCUGCAAAAUGUGGAGUACAGAAACAGGAAAAUGUUAUCAUACUUUCAGAGGACACAGAGCGGAAAUAGUAUGUUUGUCAUUUAAUCUUCAGAGCACUUUGUUGGCAACUGGAAGCAUGGAUACCACUGCCAAAUUAUGGGAUAUAGAGAAAGGAGAAGAAAUAAUCACUUUAAGUGGGCACUCAGCAGAAAUUGUUGCACUGUCUUUCAACACCACUGGAGAUAGGAUUAUCACUGGCUCCUUUGACCAUACAGUGGUAGUGUGGGAUGUUGGCACUGGCAGGAAGUUACAUAUUUUAAUAGGUCACAGAGGAGAGAUUAGCAGUGCACACUUCAACUGGGACAGUUCUCUCAUUAUCACUGGAUCAAUGGACAAAACAUGCAUGCUGUGGAAUGCUAUUGCUGGGACACAUAUAGCAACUUUUACAGGUCACAGUGAUGAAAUAUUGGAUGUCUGCUUCGAUUAUGCUGGCCAGAAUAUUGCAACUGCCUCUGCUGAUGGAUCAGCCAGAGUUUAUAAUGUUGAAACCAAAAAAUGCAUUGCAAAGCUGGAAGGGCACGGAUGUGAGAUUUCCAAGGUGGUUUUCAACCCUAAAGGCAAUCGCAUACUAACAGCCAGCUCUGAUAAAACAGCUCGACUCUGGGAUGCUGCUACUGGAUACUGCUUUCAGAUAUUAGAGGGUCAUACUGAUGAAAUAUUCUCUUGUGCUUUCAAUUACAAAGGUGACACAAUCAUUACAGGGAGCAAGGAUAACACCUGCAGAAUAUGGCAUGACUGA